GGCGUCGCCGCGCACCCCAUUUCCAUUCUCGGCUUCCUCGCCCACCGACCACCACCCUCAGCCUACGCGCCGCCCACCGCCGCCAUUGACGUACAGAUGAUGGGCUCCUCAGGCUCCGGCAAUGGCUCCCGCCACCUCGACCCGGGCCGCGUCCACGAGCUCGUCAUCCGCCACAAGCCGUACGACCUCAUCUACUACCUGAAUUCCAUACCCGGAGCGCCCGAGGACCCGCACUGCCGCCAGAUCAAACAUGUCGCGGAGACUCUCCUGUUGCUCAUGCGAAGAGGUUCGGAUCCUGGAGGCAAGACGGUGACCGUGGAUUUGGCCCGAAACGCAUGGUUGAACGCGACACAAAGCAGACUUUUUUCAACCCAGGUGGUUGGUGGUCCUUCCAAUUUUACUUCAGAUGCAGGUUAUAAUAUGCAUCCACACAAUUCAAGUUCAUAUUCUGGAAGGAUGUUGACCAAUGAACCUGGCAGUAAUGAACUCAGACAUGCUGCAAUGCAUAAUCAAUUAUCUGCUUCUAACCCAAGGAAUCAUACUGCAACAUUUCCUCCAAAGCAAGCAAACUCAACUGAUGGGCUCAGAGAUACUGCAAUGCAGAAUCAAUUAUCUGCUUCUUACUCAUGGAAUCAUACUACAACAUUUCCUCAACUGCAAUUAAACUCGAAUGAUGUGAUGCUUGACGAAACAUCUGCUUUUAACACCGGAACUCAUGCUUCAGCGUAUGUUCCAUCAGGGGAUAAUUAUACACUUGGUCAUAAUAUGCACCCACAUGAUUCAAGUUCGUAUUCUGGAAGGAUGUUGACCAACGGACCUGCUAGUAAUGGGCUCAGAGAUACUGCAAUGCAUAAUCAGUUAUCUGCUUCUUACUCAAGGAAUCCUACUACAACAUUUCCUCAACUGCAAUUAAACUCGAAUGAUGGUCAUAAUAUGCGCCCACACAAUUCAAGUUCAUAUUCUGGAAGGAUGUCGACCAACGAACCUUGUAGUAAUGGUAUAGAGGUCAGAGAUGCUGCAAUGCAUAAUCAAUUACAUGCUUCUAGCUCAAGGAAUCAUACUGCAACAUUUCCUCCAGUGCAGGCAAACUCGAAUGAUGUGAUGCUUGAUGAAACAUCUGCUUUUAACUCCAGAAAUCAUGCUUCAGCAUAUGUCCCAUUGCGGGAUAAUCCUACACUUGCGCAAGCAUUUAAUGAACUCUUGCAUAAUAUAUUUUUGCCACAAAAGCAUGGUACACGUGCGGUCGGACCACUAUGGCUGGCCCACCCUGGGUCAGAGCAGAACAGAAAAGUGCUGCCCACAGUAGAUAUCAAAGGAAAGAGACCUGCAUCGAUGAAGGUGACGACGCUGAGGUUGAACGUUGCUUCUUUUGUUGCAGAGGAUGGAGUUAAUAGUGCUGCAGGGGUGUUGAUUAGGAAUGGCAGCACGGCACAAUUCAUCAGUGCAUCAUGUUUUAGUCCGAUACUACGCAGGGAUCCAGCUCUUCUUCUUGCAGCUGCUUGUUGCAAAGGGAUCAAAAUCGCUCUGUCCUAUCAACCUGCUAGUAUCACGGUGGAGUCCCAUCAGCUCCGUCUGCUCAACCCGCUAUACGCCUCUUUGGAUCAACUGCCAGACGUAGUACAGCUGAAAGAAUUCCUGAGCGAGAGAUACCCUCAUUUCGUAGUCCGGGACAUUCCAGAAGAAUCCAAUCUUGCUGCUUGUAAGUUGGCUCUCAAUGUUUUGCACCUACGGGAGUCCUAUAUGUUCUUCAAUGAUCCGCCAGAAUGGCUUGUUCCUUACUUAGAUCAGUGAGCUUAAAUACUCUUUGAGUUUGAAAACGAUUCACCGGCUACUCAGUAGGAAGCUACAUGGUGUAUCAAAAUGGCAGGUGCAAGCUUUCAUCUCGAGUGUAGAACUGUAGAUAUAGUGAAGUUGAAGUAUACAUACAGAACGUUCUUUCAACACCUCACAUGCUAGAUGCUACUGAUACAUACAUACAUACAUACAUGGAUAGUGUUGUCUUCUCGGUGUAUUGUGCACCCAGUUGUGAUAGGUGUGAUGUAAACAUAUACCGAUGAGUAGAAAUGGUUACAGUUGAUCUUUGGUGGUUGUUCA